UUUGCUUCGGUGCACGCUAUCGGUGGUCUGCUGUUUUAUACUCUACAUUUGACUUCGUUAGUCUUUUUGUUCUUUUCAUCUCCGACAUCGAAUCUAACUAGAAUCGAUCCGGCAUCAUGGCCUCCACUGAAUCAACGAACACCGAAUUUCCCUACACCUUGACAAUCUCUCUCCCCCUCCCCUCGAACCGCCUUGCAACAUCCGCUCUUCGCGCCAUUGAAGUCGACACUGAACUCUCCCCCUUCGUCCGACGCGACAUGGCGGUAACCACGCCGAAGGAAAUUCAAGCGGAUACCGAAGAGGCAAAGACCGUACUCGAAACUACCUACCGUGCAACCACCAACCGGAUGCUGCGGGUGGCUGUAAACGGGUUCAUGGAGAGCCUUGGGGUCGUACUUGGGGUAAUGGAGGAGUUGGAUGUGGAUGUACUAGAAGCGGAAGGAGUUGAAAAAUGAUCCCAAGUCACAAGGGGUAACAUAUACGUCCGGCUUGGCUGGAAAACGGAUACAAUUUGUGCAACACCUUAUGAUUUUGGCGUCUGCCUUGUCAGACAGCAAAGAACACCGGAAUCACUAUCGGCUAGACGCACUCUCCACGACGCACGAGUGUG